CAAAACAUCAAACCAACCCAAACAUACACCGCAGCAUAAUAUGGGCGACUACACUGCAGAGGUGGAACAGAUUUACGCUGGCCUAGCUGACCAGCCUCCUCACACCAAGGAGCAGAUAGUCAUGGCCAAGAAGAUCAUUGAACUUCACCUGGCAACCUUCAAAUACUAUGACUACAAGAGAACAUUCGAGCUCGUGGAUGAGAACUAUAAACAACAUAGCCAGAUGGUCGCCGACGGCCGCGACUCAAUCAUUGAAGCAUCCAAGGUCCUCAAGUCAAUCGCCGCACAGCAUUGGACGGGCCCAGGAGAACCGCACUUCAACAUGAUGUUCAAGAGGGUACUGGUAGAUGGAGACUAUAUUGUGGCGCAGAUCUUUUCUGAGCGCUGGCCUGGAGACGCGGGCGAGCAUGUUUUUGACCUUUAUCGAUGGAAAAAUGGCAAGGUUGUAGAGCAUUGGGAUGUUAUACAGCAGGUUCAUCCCGAAAACAUCAAGCAUGGUAACUCUGUUGCUUAGCUUCAGGGAUCCGGACACUAAGAGCUUGUCGAAGCCCAAGGGUUUUUGCCUGUAUGUAGACGUCAGAAAAACGUUAUAUCAAGGUAUGCAGGCAUUCAGUACCUGUUUUGUAUUGGACAUUGUAAAUUUACCAUGCGGUCCCUACCCUUUAGCUACAUAUGAAUUGUUAGAGGAU